UCUGGCAGCUUGAUCCAUCGGUCGCCAUCUUUGUCUUUUGGAAACGAAAGCGAAGUAAGUUCUGCGAAUUCGACCGCCAAGUUCCUGCUUCGUGAAUGCUUAAGCCCACUGGUUCGGGCUAUAAUUGAAUCCUCGCUAACCAUGCUACCAGUCAGAUAGUUAAGUAUAUUUUUCCAGCCUUGAAUGUCUCCCGUUUUCGCAAGCUCGCGCGCUGUGAACCAGGCGGACACAAUGCCCGUUCAACAAAUUGUCGUCAACCCUACUUCGCCACAGCAGAACAACAAUAAAGAUCGCAAGGGUUCAAAGCCUAAAAGCCCUGACAUCCAGUCCAUAGAUGCAGGCUCAGAAGUACCCAAGUCAGCCAAGAAGCAAAGUGUAUCUUGUGUGUCUGUGGCUUCUUCAUGUCUUGAGAUCUGCCGCAUCUGUCAUUGUGAGGCAGAGCCCGACCAGCCCCUCAUAUCCCCCUGCCAUUGCUCAGGAUCUCUUCAAUAUGUGCACCAGACUUGUUUACAAAGAUGGAUAAAAAGCUCAGACACAAAGAAAUGCGAACUGUGCAACUAUGAGUUCAUCAUGGAGGCAAAAAUGAAGCCUUUCCGGAAGUGGCAAGCUCUUGAUAUGACUCGCAGCGAGAGGCGUAAGAUCAUGUGUUCCGUAUCGUUCCAUAUCAUUGCCAUUACCUGUGUUGUCUGGUCUUUAUGGGUGCUUAUUGAGCGCACUGCUCAAGAAAUCCGAUCAGGAGAACUGGAUUGGCCAUUUUGGACAAAGCUAGUGGUUGUAGCUAUUGGAUUCACCGGUGGACUUGUCUUCAUGUAUGUACAAUGCAAGGUGUAUGUACAAUUGUGGAAACGUUUGCGGGCAUAUAAUCGUAUCAUCAUGGUGCAAGAUGUCCCCCCUGCUCAAGAGACAGCAGAAUUUGUGUGAGAAUCGGUGAUUUGAAUAGAUAUAAUGCUGAAAUGAGGCUGCACCGUGAAAAGCUAUUGAUUCACCCAUUUCUCAUGUGGCAUUCUGUAAGUAGGGACAGAAUCGGGCUGCUAUUCUUGUAAAUGCUAGUUUUAGCACCUACAAUCGUGCCCCUUUCUAAACCCCGCCCACUACAACAAAUGUGACAUCAAAACCUACGACUUCUGCUCCUGUUAUUUUAUUAGUAUUACACCUUACCAAUUGCUUAUCUUCUCGUUUAUGAAUAUGUGUCAUAUGUGCAUGGGCUUGUUGUGUGUUAAAAGAAUGUGGAUAUGGUAAGAAAGUUGUAGAAUACAGAAGGUGGCAGGAAAACUGGAAAUAAGGGGAAUAUAAUUAUAAGACAUCAGGACAAGGUUAAGUGCCUUGAAGACUGACUGUGCAUAAUGUGGGUAUGCAAUUACAUAAACAAAUCAAAUAGACAAUAGUUCAGUGGCUACAUUAAUGAUUAAUUUUUAUAGAACUGUUCUCUGUUGAAUUAGCAACCCUCCUUUGCAACUCUAAAAAUGCUAAAACAAGCAUUUACUGCAUGCAAUAUUUGGCAUUUCUCUGGUCUUUCCUAAAGACACAAUACCUUCUCAUUGCUCAAGUGCAAAACAUAUGUGAGGACUGACCAAUUUGGUAAUAUCAUCUGAGUUGCAAGUCUACCUCAAAGGAAUCUGUAAAAAGACUUCAUGGCAUUCAUUGCUAGCAAGACGAUUGCUUGUCUUAGCUAGCAGGUGUCAUUGUGGUUAUUAUUAUCAGAAGGUGUGACCAGCCAUUAGCAUUACAAGGUGGGCCAGGCUCAUUCUAAAAUUAGUUUAUUAUUAAUCCCUACCUGAGAAAUAAAAAAAAAACAUCAGCUGUUGUUAUCAAAUCUACAGUUUUCCAAUGGCUUUUCAGCUAAAAGAUGAAAGCUGUUGGAUAAGUAUGCGAGUAUGGCUAUAAAAGUGGCAUUGUCAGCGUUUUACUUCCGGAGGACCGAUUGGAACCUA